CCUGAGCGAAGCCGGGACCUGAACCAGGGCCGGGCGGACGAUGUGGUUCUUCUCCCGGGACCCAAUUCGGGACUUUCCGUACGAGCUGAGCCCAGAGCCCCCCGAGGGCGGCGGCGCGCCGGGGCCCGGGCUGUGGGCGCUGCAUCGCGGCAAGAAGAAGGCUACAGGAAAUGCUGUGUCCGUGUUUGUAUAUGAGGCCAAGCCUGGGGAGGAGGAGCAAACGCUGGUGGCCAAGGCAGCCUUCAAGCGGCUCAAAACCCUGCGGCACCCCAACAUCCUGGCAUAUCUCGAUGGGCUGGAGACAGACAAAUGCCUUCAUGUGGUGACUGAGCCUGUGACCCCGCUGCGGACAUACCUGAAGUUGAAAGCAGAGACGGGGGGCCUGAGCGAGCUGGAGAUCUCGUGGGGGCUGCAUCAGAUUGUGAAAGCCCUGAGCUUCCUGGUUAACGACUGCAGCCUCAUUCACAACAAUGUGUGUACGGCGGCCGUCUUCGUGGAUCGAGCCGGGGAGUGGAAGCUGGGGGGCCUGGAUUACAUGUACUCAGCCCAGGGAGACAAUGGGGAUCCCCCCCGCAAGGGGAUCCCUGACCUGGAACGCUAUGACCCCCCUGAGAUGACGGACAGCAGCAGCAAAAGUGUUGGGGAGAAAUGGUCAGCUGACAUGUGGAGACUGGGCUGUCUGAUCUGGGAGGUGUUCAAUGGCCCCCUGGCCCGGGCCUCUUCCCUGCGCUCCCUGGGGAAGAUUCCAAAGUCUCUGGUUCCUCAUUACUGUGAAUUGGUGGGGGCCAACCCCCGGGUGCGCCCCAAUCCGUCCCGCUUCCUGCAGAACUGCCGGGCCUCCGGUGGCUUCAUGUGCAACAGCUUUGUGGAGACCAACCUCUUCCUUGAGGAGAUCCAGAUCAAAGAACCUGCCGAGAAGCAGAAAUUCUUCCAGGAGCUGAGCAAGAAUCUGGACUCCUUCCCCGAGGACUUCUGCCGGCACAAGAUCCUGCCCCAGCUGCUGACCGCCUUCGAAUAUGGCAGUGCCGGAGCAGUCAUCCUCACCCCCCUCUUCAAGGUGGGGAAGUUCCUCAACGCCGAAGAGUACCAGCAGAAGAUCAUCCCAGUCGUGGUGAAGAUGUUCUCCUCCACAGACCGUGCCAUGCGCAUCCGUUUACUGCAGCAGAUGGAGCAGUUCAUUCAGUACCUCAAUGAGCCGACGGUCAACACCCAGAUCUUCCCCCAUGUUGUCCACGGCUUCCUGGACACCAACCCUGCCAUCCGCGAGCAGACCGUCAAGUCCAUGCUGCUCCUGGCCCCCAAGCUGAGCGAGCAGAAUCUGAACGUGGAGCUGAUGAAGCACUUCGCCAGGCUGCAGGCCAAGGACGAGCAGGGCCCCAUCCGCUGCAACACCACCGUGUGCCUGGGCAAGAUCGGCCCCUACCUCAGCGCCAGUACCAGGCAGCGCGUCCUCACGUCGGCCUUCAGCCGGGCCACCAGGGACCCCUUCGCCCCCUCGAGGGCGGCCGGCGUGCUGGGCUUCGCCGCCACCCACAACCUGUACUCCAUGCACGACUGCGCCCACAAGAUCCUGCCCGUCCUGGCCGCCCUCACCGUCGACCCCGAGAAGACCGUCCGCGAGCAGGCUUUCAAGGCCAUCCGGAGCUUCCUGACCAAACUCGAGUCCGUGUCUGAAGACCCGGCCCAGCUGGAGGAAAUGGAGAAGGACGUGCACAGAGUCUCGAGCCCCAGGCCGGGGGCCACCGCCGCGAGCUGGGCUGGCUGGGCAGUGACCGGCGUCUCCUCCCUCACGUCCAAGCUGAUCCGAGCCAACCCCGCAGCCCCCGACAGCCCCCCGGCCAGCGACGCCCCCCUCAGGCCGCCCUCUGAAGGUCCCCCCGCAGCAGCCGCAGCCUCCGCUGCCCCUGCCCAGGCCCCCCCUGUGACCUCAGGUCCGUGGGACCCCAGAGGGGAGGACGAGGAUGAGGAAGAGGAAGAGGAGGGCUCUGCCGACCGGUGGGAUGACGAAGACUGGGGCAGCCUGGAGCAAGAAGGAGAGGCGCAGCGGGAGGACUGGAGCAGCAGCGAUAGGGAGCAUCAGGCGAGGAGGCAGGCCAGCAGCCCCUCUCAGAAGCCUCCCGAGUCCGACUGGAGCAGCUGGGAGACCGAAGGCUCCUGGGACCAGGGCUGGCAGGAGUCACAGCCCCCCAAAUCACUGCCCCCCGAGGGCACCAAGCUGGCCAGUGAGUACAACUGGGGUGGGACGGAGACCGGCGAGAAGGCCGAUCCCUUCUCAGCCCUGGCACCUCGUCUGGCCGCCAGCACCCAGCGAAAUUCAGAUUCCUGGAGCACAGAAGCGUCUGGGGACUGGGGGACUGAGGAGAACUGGGGGACCCUGGAGUCGGAGAGCAGACAGGCCAAGGCCGAGCUCGCUCGAAAGAAGAGAGAAGAGAGGAAGAGAGAGAUGGAGGCCAAGCGGGCAGAGAAGAAGGCGGCCAAGGGGCCCAUGAAGCUGGGGGCGCGGAAGCUGGACUGACCCCCGAGCCCCGGCCUCCUUCAGAGCACCUCCUCAGAGCCAAGGACAGAGCAGGGGACGCCCGUGCAGGCCCGCCAGCGCUCCUGCCUCCCUGCCGUCACCCGUGUAUUUAUUGUACAAACCAUGUGCGAGCCCCCAGGCCCGCCCCAGGGCCCGUCUCCCCUGUACAGAAUCAGAGCCGGAAUACAUUUUAUUUCAAGUCCUGGGA